GCUCCCAGUGUUCAGUUUCACGGAGCGAAGAAGUGACUAUCCGCGGGUGGAGACUGAAAGAAAUUUAAAUCCCCCGGGUUGUGCUCGACACGCAAAAGACAAAAUAGCUGUUAUUUUGUUUCUUUCUUUUUCGUGCUUCUUAAACGCCGUUUCAUGUAGUAAAUGUCCGGUCGAUAGGGCGUCGGUGCUUAAGUUUUUGAGGGUUUUUUCACUCUCUGUGAAAGGCCAUGGCGGUGGAAGCGCGGCCGGAGCUGGUUGGGAAGCGGUUCCUGUGUGUCAGCGGAGAGGAGCCGCUGGAGCUCGGGGAGAUCGGGCGAUGGGGAUGGCGAGCCGGGGUCAUUCGUGCAGUCACUCACCGCGACAAUGACAAUCCAGAGUUGACGGUGUACGUGGAGUUCGACGACCUGGAGUGGGAGAAGCGCGAGUGGGUCAAGGUGUACGAAGACUUCCAGAUCUUCCUCCUGGAGCACCAGCUCGUCUGGGCCAAGAGGAAAGAGAGCGCCCAGGUCCAGGGGACCAAGGCCAAGCAGAUCCAGUGGCCGGCCCUGUCGUUCAAGCCUCUGGUGGGGAAGGCGGUGCUGGGCUCCAUCGCGGCGGUGGAGUUCUUCUCCGACAGGCAGCUGGAUUUCCUGACCGAUGACGGCGCGUAUCAGCCCUACCAGGACGAAGUGGACAGCUUGAAUCCUGUUCUCAGGGAUAAUCCACAGCUCCAUGAGGAGGUGAAGGCCUGGGUGAAGGAUCAGAAGGUUCAGGAGAUUUUUAUGCAAGGUCCCUAUUCGCUGAAUGGCUAUCGAGUACGAGUGUACAGGCAGGACUCCGCCACUCAGUGGUUCACGGGCAUCAUCACCCAUCACGAUCUCUUCAGCCGCACUAUGAUUGUGAUGAAUGACCAGGUACUAGAGCCUCAGAAUGUUGACCCUUCUAUGGUACAGAUGACUUUUCUAGACGAUGUGGUCCAUUCUUUGCUGAAAGGUGAAAACAUCGGCAUUACGUCCAGACGCAGGUCUCGCUCCAGCCAGAACAGCAACACUGCCCAUCAGACCUCAGGAGGGAGACCUACCGGCACCACAGGAAGCACUCAGGGUCAUUACACACGCGCUCAAGCCAACAGCCCCAGACCCGUGAUGAACUCCUCAGGCUCCGCCCCCAAGCAGGCGGGGCCACCGCAGCAGCAGCAGCAGCAGUUGGGCCCCCAGCAGCAGCAGCAGCAGCAGCCACUCCCCCAGCAGCCCCUGCAGCAGGGCCAGCAGUCUCCGGGCCAGCAGCGCGGCCCCCGCUCCUGCCGCAGGAAGGGCUCCGACAGCAGCGUCCCCGACGACGACAAGAUCAAGGAGGAGAAGGUCGACGGCGGCGGCAGAGGAGACUUGUCAAAAAGCAAAAGCAAACAGAUGGUAAACAAAAGGAGGAAACCGGAGGACGAGGACAAGAAGGUGGGUCUGAAGAGGCUGAAGCCGGACACUGCCUCAGACUUUUCGGAGAGCAGCGACUCGGAGAACUCUAACAAGAGAGCCGUGGACUCGUCCUCCGAGCAGAACUCGGAGAACGAGCUGAAAGGAAAGGGCACUUCGAAGGCCAGCGAGGAGGAGGAGGACGAGGACCGCAAGUCCCAGAGUCCCCGGGGGCCGGCCGAGGAGCCGGCCAGGACAGACGGCCUCUCUCCCCGGUCGGACCGGGAGGGGGAGGAGAAGGGCAGGCAGGGUGAGCCGGCGCGUCCGGAGGACAAGGCGCCGCCGCGGCCGGCCCAGCCGCCCACCCCCUCGGGCCCCCCCGAGCUCCAGGGCUGCAUCGUGGACAUGAGAAGCACUGUGAAGACGCAACCCAAGGACCACUACGCCUCCGCCGCCGCCGCCGCCGCCCGGACCCAGUGCGUCAUCGACAUCACGGAGGAGGGGGGCGGGCGCCCGGGGUCGCGGGAGAGCUCGGAGGCCGUCUCGGCCCUCCUGGCCUCGCAGAAGCCGGACGCGUUCGCCCCCGAGCCCCGGCUCCUGGUGCUGAAGCCCGCCGCGGACUGCCGGAGGCCGGAGGAGCAGCCGCUGCGCUGCCUGGGCGGCCGGCUGGAGUUCGGCCACUCGGAGGUGAUCCGGCCGCUCACCUCCGUCAGCGAGUCGGCGGCCGUGGCCGAGCGGGAGAAGGUGCAGCAGUACGCCUCCGUCGUCCCGUGCAUCAAGAGCGCCGCCGCCGCCGCCGUCGCCGAGGACGCCCGGAGGACGGCGCGCAAGUCCAGCCCCUCGCCGGACGUCCUCAAGCCCAAGUGCAAUCCCUCCCCCGACAUCGUCAAGUCCAAAACCCACAGCGUCCCCGAGGCCAGCAAGCCCAAACCAAACACGUCCCCCGAGGUGUCCAAACACAAAAUGAGGUAUCCGGACGGCCCGGGAGGGGCCGCCGGCCGGCCCGCCUCCAGAGCCGAGCCGGACGCCGGCCCCCCGCGCUCCAGCUUCAAGCCCGUCCCCGCCCGGGAGGCGGGGGCGGGCCAGCCCACCAAGAGCCCCCUCAUCAUCGACAAGAACGAGCAUUUCACGGUCUACAGAGACCCCGCCCUCAUCCGGCCCGAGGCGGAGACCAACCACAUCGCCUAUUUGCACCAGCACCUGCACCCCCUGCACGCCUCCUCCCACCCCACCUGCCUCACCCCCAACACCCACCACCCCUCGCACCUGCUGUCGGGCUCGCCCAUCAACGCCCACGCGCUGGGCGGCGCCGCCCACCACUCGGUCCACCACCCGCACCUGCUGCCCGGCGUUCUCCCCGGCAUGCCCCCCGCCUCCCUGCUGGGUGGGCACCCCCGCCUGGACUCGGGCCACGCCGGCGGGCUGGGUCACCUGGCCCUGGCCCACCACCACCCCCACCAGCAGCAGCAGUUCCUCCAGCAGCAGGCUCCGCCCCCUCUGCUGGCCCAGACGCACACCAGCCCCUCCUACAGCCAGCUGGGGCUCUACCCCAUCAUCUGGCAGUACCCCAACGGGACCCACUCGUACCCGGGCCUCGGCAUGCCCUCCUCCAAGUGGGUGCACCCGGAAAACGCGGUCAACUCCGAGGCCGGCUUGAGGAGGAACACCCCCAGCCCGUGGCUCCACCAGCACACCCCGGUGACCUCCGCCGACAGCCUGGGCUUACUGAGCCACGUCCCGGUCAGGCCCGCCAGCGCCGACCCCCACCGGCCAAUCAAGAUCAGCGCCCACGCCAGCCCCCCCCUGUCCAAGGCCGCGGGGGACCUCCACCGGGAGGAGCUGGAGAAGAAGGGCUUCAUCGACCCGAUACGGACGAUGGCCUCGGCCCACCUGAAGCAGGACCAGAGCCGCAGCAGGACGCCGACGGGCAAGGACGGGCACGGGCCCGGGCCCCGCCUCUUCCUGGACCCCCUGUCGGCCUGCCACGGCAAGCCGCCGCCCCCGCCGCCGCAGAGGGCGGGGCCGGACGCCGGCGACCGCGCCAGCAAGUACAAGGAGGAGAACCGGCGCAUCCUCCAGGAGAGCAUCGAGGUGGCGCCCUUCACCGCCAAGAUCCGGCCCAGCGAGGCCGAGAGGGAGCCGUACGCACGGGCCCCGCCCAAGGGCCACGCCGCGCACCCGGACAAGGAGCUGGAGCGCUCGUCCCCUGCCGCCGCCGAGCUCUACAAGUUCAAGCACGCCGUCCCGCAGACCCUGCCCCCCAGCAACUACUUCACCACCCUGUCCAACAGCGUGCCCAACGAGCCGCCCCGCCUCUACCCCUCCAAGGAGCUCAACUCCUACUUCGACAAGGUGGGCGGGGCCGGGGGCGGGGCCGGGAGCGGCCAGCCGGCCCCCGCGUCCGGCCCCCUGUCGCUGGUGGGGUACGGCGGGGGGAAGCCCUUCUCUAAGCCCCCUCCGCUCAUCAAGCACCAGCCUGAGGGGGAGGGGCUGGUGGGCAAGAUCACCGAGCAGCUCUCCCAGCAGGUGGCCAUGCACCCCCUGAGCGCCCCGGGCCCCAGCGAGAGGCGCGCCCCCGCCGGCUCGCCCUCCAACCCCCUCAGGUGCAUGCCGGCCCUCCACCGGGCCCCCGUCUUUCACCCCCCCACCCAGCAGACGCUGGACCGCAAGGAGGCGGGCUACGGAGGCCGGCUGUCCCCGCCCACGCUCACGCCCAUCCAGCCCGUCAGCACGGCGGGGAAGGUGUCGGAGCAGCAGAAGCCCCCGACGCUGCUCCCGGAGCUGCGGGAGGUGGGCGGGGCCGGGAAGGGCGGGGCCGAGAUGAGCUCGCCGGAGGCGUGGAAGGCCGGGGAGCCCCAGGGCCACGAGAAGGCCCCCGGGUGGCACUCGGAGAAGGGCGGGGCGAAGCCGCAGGCCGCCACCGCCUCCGUCAUCGUGCGCCAGUCCACCUGCAUAAAGUACGACGGCUCGCCGGGCCCCAGGGCCGCGGCCAAAGAGCCGGAGAGGCCCUUCCCCGGCAAGGGCCAGACGGACCUCCCGAAACCUGAGCAGGGCAGGGAGGGCGGGAGAGUCAUCCUGCCCAACACCAACCUGGAGGACGCGUGCGUGCAGUACAAGAAGAGCCUGCUCCGAGCAUCGCAGCGCGCCCCCAGCCCCGCCGCCGCCUCCGCCAGCCCCGCGUGCAGCACCAAGCCCGACGUGAGCGCCCCCGCGUGCUCCGCCCCCAGCGUCCUCAGCCGGGUCGGCUCGGAGCCGUCUUAUUCGCCGUCGGUCGCGGGCGCCGGACGGGCGCCGGCCCACCUGGGCACGGAGGCGCAGGAGGACAGGUCCCGCACCGCCUCCCCCGGCGCCUUCCCGGCCCCGCCCGCCGCCGGAGUCGCCACGGCGACCGCCCCGGGCCAGCCGUACUCCACCAGCUUCGUACACCCGAAAAAGCACAAGGCCGCGCUGGCGGCGGCGGCCCAGUCCAGGAGCGCGGGCGCCUCCGAGGGCGAGCCCGCCCCCACCCCCGUCCCCAAAGCCCCGCCCUGCCCGCCGCCCGUCUCGCAGGACGGCCCCGCCCCCGGCAACGCCCUGGGCAAAUCGGGCGGCUCCCUGACCAACGGGCAGCCGGCCCAGCUGAUCCAGCCCAACUACCACAAGCUGAAGAAGGCCUGGCUCACCCGCCACUCGGAGGAGGACCGCAACACCAACAAGGCGGAGAAGCUGGGCGGCGCCGCGGCCGAGAUCAUCAAGCCCUGCACCGUCAGCCUCAUCGCCUCCACCUCCGGCGACGUGGAGAUGGGCAAGGAGCCCAAGGGCCCCGGCGAGCGGCCGCCCCCCGCCGCGGAGGACCGGCGGACGCGGCGCUGCUCCAAGCGCGCCUACGAGUCGGGCUCGGAGAGCGCCGAGGACUCGGACGAGAGCGAGAGCAAGGCGGAGCAGCGCGCCAAGCGCCAGCCCAAGCCCACCUACAAGAAGAAGCAGAACGACAUGCAGAGGAGGAAGGGCGACGAGAGGGACGAGGACGAGCUCAAGCCCAACGGCAUCUUCAGGAGCGCCCGCGAGAAGACCAAGCUCAAGCUGGCCAGCAGCAACGGCAUCCCGCGCUCCGUGCUGAAGGACUGGCGCAAGGUGAAGAAGCUGAAGCAGACGGGGGAGUCCUUCCUGCAGGACGACUCCUGCUCCGAGAUCGGGCCCAACCUGCAGAAGUGCCGCGAGUGCCGGGUGGUCCGCAGCAAGAAGGGGGAGGAGCCCGCCCACUCGCCCGUCUUCUGCCGCUUCUACUACUUCCGCCGCCUCUCGUACAGCAAGAACGGCGUGAUCCGCAUCGACGGGUUCUCGUCCCCGGACCAGUACGACGAGGAGGCGGUCAGCCUGUGGGCGCCGGACGUGUACGAGGACAACGAGCUGGACCUGGAGACGUCCAAGUACAUCCUCAGCCACAUCGGGGACAAGUUCUGCCAGCUGGUCCUGACCGAGAGCGCGGCGGCCACCUGGAUCAAAAAAGACGCCAAGAUCGCCUGGAAGAGGGCCGUGCGGGGAGUGCGGGAGAUGUGCGACGCAUGCGAGGCCACGCUGUUCAACAUGCACUGGGUCUGCCAGAAAUGCGGAUUCGUCGUUUGUUUGGACUGUUACAAGGCGAAGGAGAGGAAGAGCUCCAAAGACAAAGAGCUGUACGCCUGGCUGAAGUGCGUGAAGGGACAGCCGCACGACCACAAGCACCUGAUGCCCACGCAGAUCAUUCCGGGGACCGUUUUGACAGAUCUGGUCAAUGCCAUGCACAUGCUCAGAGAGAAGUAUGGCAUCAAGUCGCACUGUACAUGUGCGGGGAAGCACACAGCACUGCUCAACAAGAUCCCGUCCACCAACGGAGUCUCCCAGGUUUUGCAGAACGUGCUGAACCACAGCAACAAGCUGUCCCUGUGCAAGCCCGACGCCGCGCAGCAGAACCCCGCCCAGAAGGUGGAGGCCAACGGGGGCAGCAGCCCCGCCAGCGACACCAGCACCGACAGCAGCCGGCUGACCCCGCCCGAGUCCCAGUCCCCCCUGCACUUCCUGGCCGAUCUGGCCGAGCAGAAAUCCAGGGAGGAGAAGAAAGAAAACAAGGAGUCGCCGCUGGGGAAGAUGGCGAAGGAGGAGAAGGAUCACCCGGACGGCCUGGAGGCUCUGCACUGCAAGUCCAGCGCGCUGGUGUCCAACAGCACGGAGCAGGGCUCCACGCUGCGCGACCUGCUCACCACCACCGCCGGCAAGCUGCGGCUGGGCUCCACCGACGCCGGCAUCGCCUUCGCCCCCGUGUACUCCACCGCCUCGCAGACCGGCAAGAGCGGCAGGACCAUGCCCAACAUCCUGGAUGACAUCAUCGCCUCCGUGGUGGAAAACAAGAUCCCGGCCAGCCGGGGCGCCAAGCUGAGCCUGAAGCAGGAAGCCAGCGAGGAGCCCAAGGCCGAGCGCAGGAAGCCCAGCGCGGAGGAGCCCGCGAAGCUCCACGCCGACAUCCCCCACGCCUGGCUCUACGAGCGCCGCCUGCUCUGGCUCAAGGACCACCGCAACCCCGCCAACUGGAAGCUCUUCAGGGAGUGCUGGAGGCAGGGGCAGCCGGUGCUGGUGUCGGGGGUGCACCGGAGGCUGAACGCCGGCCUGUGGAAGGCCGAGUCCUUCAACCAGGAGUUCGCUGACCACCAAGGAGACCUUCUGAACUGCAAGGACGGGGUGGUCUCCAACUCCGGCAUCAAGGAGUUCUGGGACGGCUUUGAGGACCUGACGAAGCGACCCAAAUCUAAGGACGGGGACACCAUGGUGUACCGGCUGAAGGACUGGCCCUCGGGGGAGGAGUUCAUGGCGCUCAUGCCCUCUAGGUACGACGAUCUAAUGAAGAACCUGCCCCUCCCCGAAUACUCGGACCCCGAGGGGAGCCUCAACCUGGCCUCCCACCUGCCCACUUUCUUCGUCCGGCCGGACCUGGGUCCCCGGCUGUGCUGCGCGUAUGGCGUGGCCGCCUCACAGGAGCAGGACUUUGGGACGGCCAACCUUCACAUGGAGGUGUCCGACAUCGUGAGCGUCCUCGUCUACGUCGGCGUCGCCAAGGGAAACGGAGUCCUCUCUAAAACAGGUGUGCUGAAGAGACUGGAGGAGGAGGAUCUGGAUGACAGUGUGAAGAAAAGAUUAAAAGACUCCAGCGAGACUCCGGGAGCCUUGUGGCACAUCUACGUGAGCAAAGACGUGGAGAAAAUCAAAGAGUUCCUGCACAAGGUGGCGAAGGAGCAGGGCGUGGAGGUGCCGGCGGAGCACGACCCCAUCCGCGAGCCGGGCUGCUACCUGAGCAGGAAGCUGCGGCAGCGGCUGCUGGAGGAGCACGGCGUGCAGGGCUGGACCGUGGUGCAGUUCCUGGGAGACUCCGUCCUCAUCCCGGCCGGAGCCCUGCACCAGGUGCAGAACCUUCACAGUUGUGUUCAAGUGAUUAAUGACUUUGUGUCACCCGAACAUGUGGUGCACUCAUUUCAUUUAACACAGGAACUGAGAUCCUCCAAAGAAGAAAUUAACUACGAAGAUAAGCUACAGGUCAAGAACAUCUUUUAUCACUGUGUGAAAAACGCAGUGGGAACAUUGAAGAGGUGCUGCACCGAAGAGCAGGACGAAGCAGAAGAGAACUCAUGACACUUUCCCCUCGUCGCUGUUGAAGAAUGACGCGCGUCUCGGACGUUCUUCAUCAUCUCACACGAAAUAUGCACACUAACCUUAGCAUCAUGAACCUCCAGUGCCAAGCAGACUAAAAAAAAAAACUCUAUUUAUUUGUUACUGACACCAUAGCAGUAUAGCCCAGAGCAUCAGGAUAACUGUGAUUCAAUGCAAGUGUAAAGAUAAUCUGCAAGUAACAGCACUGCUGUUCCCUCUAGUGGUUGUUUUUUUUUUUUUUUUUUCGUUUUGUUCGUUCGUUCGUUCGUUCGUUUGUCCUGUUUUUUUCUUUCGUUCUUGUAUAUUGUUUCAGUGGAAAAAUAUUCAAAUGAUGUAUUUAUUUUUUAAGAGUUCUAUGCUAUUAUGUGUUAUAGAUCAAAUGUAAAUGUGACUUGUACAGUUUGCUAAAUCGAUUCUGAAUACCGUUCACUACAUUGAGACAGUUACUGUGAGAGGAUACGGACACCAGCUAUUGCCUGUACUUGGGAAUCUUUGCUGAAUUGCAGUCCUCAUGCCAUAUCUUUUGAAAAUGAACUGCCAAACUAUUGUAAACAGUGUAAAGUUAUAUUAUGUAAAGAAAACUACAGGCUAAAUGAAUAACACAGAACACUUCAGCAUUUUAUUAAAGAAAAGUAUUCGCUGUAAAAUGGAGACAUUUACAAAAGUUGUAAUUUAUUCAAGAAUAUCGUCUCGUUUUGUUAAGAUUUACUAUGGUGAACUUUUGAAGUUAAAUGAAAACAAAUAAAAAACUUAUUAUGCUGUGUAAAUAUAUACAUAUAUACAUUCAAUGAUGUAUUUUUUUAAAACAUGGCUUGCUUCAAUUUCAAAUUUUAAAAGUGCAAGUGUUACAUGCUUUGUACAUUGAAGUUCAAAGGGGUUUUACAUUUUCCAUUAAAAUGGAUUUAUCAAAGUC